GAUAAUUCCGGUAUUUAACACUUUGAGUCUCAUUUCUGGUUUGUUUUGGAUGAACUACAAUGAUGGACACUGAAAUUUUGACAAUGGGUCGUGUCUUGAGUUUUUGACUCGUUUAGAAGCGUCUCUUGACUGCUUCAGAAUGGAAGUCAAUGGCCAUGCACAAACAUGUCAUUAAAACAACACUUAACGUUCAUUUUCAAAAACGUGCUACUCACCGAGUGGUUCGUGGUGUUCGUUGAUGAUUAAAAACAAAUAUAUUGGCGCAAUGUAUGAUUUCAAUCCGUGUUAUCUGCUAUAGUGGAACUAUUUUUUCAGAUACCUCACAACCGCGUAUAUACUUCCGCUCUAUAUUUGAGUCUGAAGCGUUAGCACACUCCCGACCACUUGAUGGCGACAACCACUUUGCCGUAUAGACAGUCACAAUCGAGCUCAACUUCAAACCUAAGGCUGGUCACUGAGACAUCAAAUAUGGGAAAAAUCUGUGCGGUCAGAAACUGUGGUAAAAUCCCUGCAACACGGUGUUGUCAUCGGCUUCCUUACCACAACCUUGAACGACUAAAGUUGUGGCUUUCAUUCCUCGGGUUUGACAUAAACACCCCUGUAGAUUUUCUUCGAGAAGCUGACCAUCGUGUUUGUGGCUUACACUUUCGGCGCGAGGACUAUGUUCAAUAUAACGUUACAGGUACUCGAAAAAAGUCUCCGAAGAAACUAUUUCUGAAUAGGGCAGCUGUGCCGACGAUAAGUGGACCAACGCUUGACGAAGACGACCUCGGGGUAAGCUAAACAAUAUACAAUGUUGUUAUUUGUAUGACUAGUUUAGCAUGAACAUCUGACUCAAAAGUUAUACGGACACUAACUAAACUAUAUAUUUUUGGAAAGGGUAUUGUAGAAGGAGACAGAAAAUCUACGUUUACAUUUGUCCAGAUAAGAAUUGUAAAACACGUCAGCCCCACAAUGAGCCAAAAGCCGCUAAUGUAAACAAUGCUGACUCCUUUAUACAAUAACCUUUCCAGACAUGUAUAGUGUAACGUUAGCUAAUCUCCCUAAAUGACCCAAUAAAAAUAAUUAGGGUUGCAUAACAAUUAAUCGCGUUAAAGUUUUCUAUACUUCAUAUAUGUAUAUAAUAAUUAUGUAUGUAUAAAUACUCACACACAUACAUGUGUAAUUUUAAGAAGAAAUAUAUUUAUAAAGCAUUUAUACUUGUAUGUAGUAUUAAUUAUAAAUAAAUAAAUAUAAUAAUGUAUAUACACAUGUAAUUAUUUCUGGUGUGUGUGUGUGUGUGUGUGUGUGUGUGUGUGUGUGUGUGUGUGUGUGUGUGUGUGUGUGUGUGUGUGUGUGUUUAUACAUACAUAAUUAUUAUACACAGUAAACAUAUGUAAAUGAUGUAAACAAAAACUUUUAUUCUGAAAACGGUUAGUUGCGAUUAAUCGUUACGCAGUCAUAAAAAUUAAUAGUUUCUCUGGCAAAUGUAGAUGUAGCAAGUUAACAAUAUUUCUCUAGAAAUCAUUCAAACCACCAUUGAAAUGGCACAGUCUGAGCCAUCAUUACAACAGUGCUUCUAUCAGUAAUAUUGAUGAGAGUGUGCUCUGCAACAUGUUACAGGCUGUUGGUGGUGAAGAACCCCUUGUUUUCAACGCUCCCCUUUCUUCAACUCCUGUGAAGGAUCUGCCUUCUACCUCCAGCCUGUCCUUUGUUCUCACCAGCCCACAGCAACAGCCUCAACACUCCACGAAAUUACCAAGGAAGUCCUUAUCUGGCAGUUACCUUGCUUUACCUGUGAUCAGGGAGAGGCUAUCACUAUCUCCAGAUGAUUGUGAAACUGAGAUGCUUCAGAUGGCUGACAGCAUGUCCUCAAUCAUUGAGGAUGACACAAAAGACACGAGCUUCAGCCUCAGUCAACAAUCAGCAUCAAGCGCAACCUCCAGUUCAUGUUCCACAGAAAGGCAAGGGGAGUGGGAUGAAAGAAAAUGGAUUGUGAACGAGUCUAGCCUCAUGACACUGUUUAGAACAUGCCAUACAUGUGCCCUACCCAUCACUGAUAAAAAAGUUACAACUGCAGGCAGCCAAAUAAAGAUUGAAUGGACAUGCAUGAACAAUCACCAUGGCAGGUGGGCAUCAUGUCCUGAUGCAAGAGGAAUGGCACAGAAUAACCUGCUUGUUUCUGCUGCUAUGCUUUUCUCUGGAACAACUUUCACUGAAAUACACGACUGGGCCAGAAUACUAAACUUGCAACUCUUGCAGAAAUCGCAGUACUACUCCAUCCAAUCACACUACCUUAUUCCAGUAGUACACUUUGCAUACAGGAAUCAUCAUGAGAAUCUCAUCAAGCGCCUUAUGAGACAAAAGGCUGAAGGCUUGUCAAUAGAGCUGUGUGGAGAUGCAAGGUCUGACUCACCAGGCUACAGCUGCAAGUAUUCCACCUAUUCGUUUCAGCUUCUAUCCACUAAUGAGAUCAUCCACUUUGAACUACUACAGGUAACGGAAGCUAGCAGUUCAGUUGCCAUGGAGUCCCAAGGCUGUAGGAGAGGCCUCAACCAUCUAAUUUUUAACGAAGGACUAGACAUAGAUCUCAUCACUACAGAUCGGGCCCCAUCAGUUCGGAAAAUAAUGAGGGAGGAAUUCCAUAUGAUUCAUCACGAGUUUGAUACUUGGCAUGUAGCAAAAGGCAUAAAGAAAAAACUACUAGCACUCGCCAACAAAAAGGAAAAUCGGGAACUGCAGGGCUGGCUUCGGUCCAUCCUCAAUCACUUUUGGUUCUCGUGUUCCUCUUGUGGUGGGAGUGCUGAGGAACUGAAGCGGCGGUGGACCUCAGUCCUUCACCACAUCUGUGGGGAGCACACAUGGGAGCAAGAUGGUAGAAAGUGGGCAUGUUUUCACCCUGCUUUACACCCAGAUGAGCAAAGGACAAAGCGAUGGCUACACCCAGAGUCUCAAGUGUUCAAGGCUUUACGGACUAUUGUAGAAGAUAAAAGACUUCUGAACGACUUUGAGCAGUUGACUCGCUUCAAACACACAGGUGCUUUGGAGGUGUACCACAGCAUUAUGCUAAAGUAUCUGCCUAAACGACUGCAUUUUGGAUACGACACCAUGGUAGCUCGAACACAACUAGCCAUCCUGGACAACAAUUACAAUGUUGGCCGAGAGCAGGCAGAAACUUCUGAAGGACUUCCAAGAUACAGUAUGACAUUCCCAAAACAAAGCAAGGAAUGGAUAGUCAAGAAGAUCUAUGAGCCUACAAGUCAGGACUUCACAAAACACCUUGUGGAACGCGUGUUGGAGAGAAAGGAGGAAAGAGCACCGGAAAAUAUGCCACAUGUCCAGCAUCCUCCUAACAUUGCCACUAAGGAGAGACCCCCCAAAGAAGAUCUCAUCAGGAAACAUAAAUCCAGAUUCCCUUGCCACACUGAUGCUUGAGAAACUAAGGGCCUCCUUACAUUAGGGAUGGGCGAACCUUUACAGUUUGUGUCCUGUGUGUAAUUAGUAUGUUCAAUAGAAAUACACACAUUCAUGUAUGUAUUUAAAGGAACACGCCCUCAUUUUGGGAAUUUAGCUUAUUCACCGUAUCCCCAAA